UUGAUUAGAGCGAGCAGUCUCUCACUCCUCCUCCUCUCUCGCGCACCGUGUCGUGCGUUUCGUGGAUUUUCUCGGAAUUUUUCCUGAAUGUUGCUUUAUUUGACCCAGCAGCAGAUCGGGAGAUCAGAUCCGAAGCGCGUCAGGAGGAGCUCCCGGACCAGCAUGCAGUGAUUUCCCCCGCACCCGCUUUAUCUCUUCAUCCACGCGGAUGCGCAGCGACGCGGUGGAUAUGUACCAAGGCAUUAUGACCACCAACCACGGACCCCCCUCCUACGAAACCGGAUUCCUCCACAACGCCUCGGCAGGCGCCUCUCCGGUCUACGUGCCCACGACGCGGGUCGUCACCCCGAUGAUCUCGGCGCUGCCGUACCUGCAGACGCCCGGCGCGUCGCAGCAGAGCAGCCCGGUGUCGAGCCACUCCGCCUGGGCACAGCCAGGCGCAGACUCGGUGCCUUCCUACAACCACACCCCCGUGUCGCCGCGCUUCACCUUCUCCACCAGCCCGCCGCUGUCCUCCGGGAUGGCGACGGCGCGCGAGACGGCGGUGUCCUACUCCAACAUCUCCGCGAACGGGCGGGAGCACUACAGCGCGCGCGGCCUCGGCGGCUCCUACCACAGCCCCUACCCGGCCUACAUGAGCCCCACUGUGGGCGGCACGUGGCCCGCGUCGCCCUUCGACAGUCCGGUCCUGCACGGUCUGCAAACCGGCGCGUCUGGGAGCGCAACGCGGCAUCCAAACAUAGAUUUAUUUGAUGACUUUGCUGAGGGGCGAGAAUGCGUGAACUGCGGGGCGAUGUCGACUCCUCUCUGGAGGCGGGAUGGUACUGGCCACUACCUGUGUAACGCGUGUGGACUGUACCACAAGAUGAACGGCAUCAACAGGCCUCUCAUCAAACCCCAGAGGCGGCUGUCCGCUUCGAGGAGGGUGGGUCUGUCCUGCACCAACUGUCACACCACAACCACAACCCUGUGGAGGCGAAACGCAGAAGGGGAGCCGGUCUGCAACGCCUGCGGCCUCUACAUGAAACUCCACGGGGUCCCUCGACCUCUGGCGAUGAAGAAAGAGGGGAUCCAGACUCGUAAGCGCAAACCGAAGAACCUCAACAAGACCCAAAGUGGAACUCCGGGCAGUGAUGGGACUCCAGUGACACCGAGCAGCACUCCCCGCUCCUCCUCCUCCUCUACGGAGGAACCUCGGCAGAUAAAAACUGAGCCGGAGAACCACAGCGUGUAUGCACACCACAACGCACACACACAGAUUUCUGCUCUACCGGCCUACAUGGCAGCUCAGGGAGGGGCCAUCCCUCUCAAGAUGUCCCCUGGGGGGCACAGCGGGUCCUCCAGCUCCAAAGCAGAACAAUGGAACAACCUAAUCCUGGCUUAGAAGACCUGCCGACCAGAAAACCUUCAAAUAAAAUACUACCUAUGUACAGCUUUUGGAUGAACUUUUGGUCUAACUGGACAGUGUUGAUCAUGAUCUUGAGGAGAGGAGGAGUGACGUGCACGACAGUAUUUCCCUCAUUGACAUGGACUCAAACGCAGCGGCAAGCCUGAUUAAAGGGUCACUUCAUGAGACUUUUGUGUUUGUACAAAAUGCGGUUACACCACAAAACAAUAAAUGUAAAUAAAAGUCAUUGAUUGUGGUGCUUCUAAAGCUUUUCUCUGCAAUGAAUCUCAAAGGGUUAGCAUGUUUGGUGGAUAAACAUUUACAUUUCUGGACUUUAGCUUUAGCUCAUCCAGCAUCAUGACUCAAAAGUUCAGAUAUUAUUUGAUAACCUCAGUUGCAACACAUUAAAUCAUCUUUAUUGUCCCUUAAAUCCAUUUUAAUUUUAAUUCUGCUCUCUCACGAGCACUUGGAUGAAGUUUUACCGUCCGUCACUCCCAGUUAUACCUCAGAAAGCUUAUCUCCCACUCAGUGCAACCAGAGCGCCUCCCUCCUGGCCCAUUGUUUCUAAUCUCUCUGGGCCUUUGUCCAAUAGAUUUAAAUCUAAUAAAUACAUGACACGGUUGAGAUAAGUUACAAAGUACAACACAUGAUAAACUACCUUUGGAGCAUGACCACUGCUCCUGGAGAACAGCACCCUCUGGUGGCUCAAGGGGGAAAACCCUCUCCAGAAGCCGGUAUUUAUUUUCACCUUAAAAUCUACUGAGACAUAUGUGGCAUGUUGUCUAGGAAAUACAAAUAUACAAACGUUUCACUCCAGCGUAAUCAUGUAAAACGUCAUUUGUGAUACAUUGUAAGCAAAAGCUGAAAGAAAUAAAGAUGGAAUGGGAA